AAGAGAAAUAAAAUAAUAGCGACGAUCUGUUUAAUUUGCUGAAUAUUCAACUGACAGUUCACGCGAAUUGGUUUCAACAUUUUCCCGAGAAAAUUUCAAUUAUGAAUAUCUUCUCGCAGAUCUUCACUUUCUUCUUCUUCUUGAUCGUUGUGUUCGUUACAAAAUCAUCAUGCUCAGCAAUCAUCAAUCCCUCUAAAGUCAAGCAAAUUUCAUGGAAACCUAGAGCUUUUGUGUAUGAAGGUUUUCUUACGGACGAAGAAUGUAAUCAUUUGAUAUCUCUUGCGAAAAAAGAGUUGAAGAGAUCAGCUGUUGCAGAUAAUGAAUCUGGGGAAAGUAAGCUUAGUGAGGUCAGGACUAGCUCCGGAAUGUUCAUUAGCAAAGCAAAGGAUCCUAUUGUCACAGGGAUAGAGGAGAAGAUAGCGACUUGGACUUUUCUACCUAAAGAGAAUGGAGAAGACAUACAAGUUCUAAGAUAUGAGGAAGGACAGAGAUAUGAGCCACACUAUGAUUACUUCACCGACAAGGUUAAUAUUGUUCGUGGUGGACACCGUUUAGCCACUGUACUCAUGUAUCUCAGUGAUGUAGAGAAAGGUGGUGAAACUGUUUUCCCCGAAGCAGAGGUAUCAACUCGGCGUAGGUCAAUGGCAGCUGACGACAGUUUGUCCGAGUGUGCAAAGAGGGGUAUUGCUGUUAAACCACGAAAAGGAGAUGCACUUCUUUUUUUCAGUCUCCAUCCAAAUGCUGUACCUGAUCCUAUGAGCCUCCACGGUGGAUGCCCUGUUAUGGAGGGUGAGAAGUGGUCAGCAACCAAGUGGAUUCAUGUGGAUUCAUUUGACAAAACAGUGGAUUCUGAAGGAGGACAUUGUGCUGAUCAUAACGAGAAUUGUGAGAGAUGGGCUGCACUUGGGGAAUGCACCAAGAACCCAGAAUAUAUGGUUGGAAGUACAGACCUCCCAGGAAGCUGUAGAAAGAGCUGCAAAUCUUGUUAACUUGUUUCUUCCACUUGAAUCAGUUCAAAAACACACUAGUUCUUUCUCUUUUUCGUUUGUUUGUCUCGUGUUUUUUCAGAUGAUAUCAUCUGUCGGGUCGUGUUCUUGCUAUUUUACUCAAUUUUGCAAGUAAUCUUGUACUAUUUUCUUUCUUCUUUGUGGGUGUAUAUGUAAAACAUUACGAGACUCUAAUUAGGUUUUGCAGUUACCAUCUAAUACAAAUUUAAAGAGUGUUUAUUUAGGGAAUGAUAUGUAAA